CUGGGCCUCACCUUUGCCCUCCCUCCUGUUUCCUACAGAGGCUGCGUGGGAGGGGCAGCCACCAGCACCAGUCCCAGGACUUGUCUGCACUCCCAGGGCAGGGCACUCCUUCUCCCCUCCUCCCCAGCUGUGGGGCCUGAGCACCCGCCACUCGGGAUAAACCCAGGAGAAUCCAAGCGGUCCCCAGACCUCUUGUUGGCUACCACCCUGGGGCUGGCCUGCGGGUGCCCAGCCUGCCCGGUCUGGGAGGAGCUCCUCAGCCCUUAAGCCCCUCAGCACUGUGGCCUCCAGGGCUUCAGGAGGAAAAGGGUGGACAAGUGGAAGAGGCAGGUGUGGAGGCCGUGAAGGUGGAGUUCUGGGCAGGGUGGCCGUGCCCCUGGUAUUGAUUGGAACUUAGUGAUGUGGGGUGGCCCCGGCAGGAGAGAGGCCCCCUGGAGCAGAGGUUGAGAUGGACAGGGUGGUGCUGGCUCCCACCUGAGCAGCCUGGCAGCUGACAGUAGUGCCCAGGGAUGGGAGGUUCCAUCUCACCAGACACCAAGGGCCACUUCCAUGCCUGGGCCUCCGCUCCAGAGAACCGCCAGGAAGAGGGGCGGGACUAGGAGGCCAAGUCCUUGCCAGGUGAGCAACCAAAGCCACAAAGUCACUCAGUGAGACACAGCGGCUCUUAUGUUUCCAUCUUCUACCCACCCAGGGCGAUUGGGUGAAGUACUGUGCUAGGAGUUCUUUACACAUCUAUAAUUCUCGAAGGAACUUCUGCAGUGGGUGUCCAUACCCCGACCUUAAAAAUGGAGAGACUGAAGCUCAAAGAAAGGAAGUACUUGCUUGGGUCACAUGUAACAGUGGAGCCUGGGAUUUCAGACCAGUUUCACAGGUCUCUGGAGCCCUCUGCUGUCACUUGGCAGUGGAACCAUAGGGCACGGAAGCCAGACCAAAAGACCAGGGCUGGGAAAGGGGACAUCACACGGUGGUAGGGGUGGGAGGAGCGGUGCUGAGAUGUGGAGAGAAGGUCCCAAGCAGCUGCCUCUUGCCCAGGGCCCAGAGCUACAGCACUGGCCAAGCCAGAAGCAGGCACCAGCCCUUUGCCCCAGGGCCAGAGAGAAGGCUAGAGGGCCAGAGGAGCAGGAAGAGGCUUCCUGGUUGAUCAGCACUCUGCUCGCCACCCGCCCCCCCCUAGUCUCCCUUGGGGCCCAGGUGACCUUUCCCCCAGAUCCCAGGGUCCAGGCCCUCCCCUGCAGGGAGGUGUGGGGGAUGGAGGCAACUGGGAUUGGUUUGGAGCCGGCAGGGGCGUGUCCUGGCCUCCAAGGAAGGAGCAGAGCAGGUGGACUCCCAAGAUAGACCAGGAGCUGCCUGGCAGCCAGCGGCUUCUCUGACCCAGACCUCUGCCCUCCAAGACAUGGCCCCGGGCUCCCUCGAUCCCCAGCCCUGUGGCCUUGACAGGGUGAAAACAGCCUAAGCACCGCCACUCCAGGGCCUGUGCCCACCCCCUGGCCCCUGGCCCUGAGGCCAUGGAGACAGUGCCCCCAGCUGUGGACCUGGUGCUGGGUGCUUCAGCCUGUUGCCUGGCCUGUGUCUUCACCAACCCCCUGGAGGUAGUGAAGACGCGGCUGCAGCUUCAGGGGGAGCUGCAAGCACGGGGCACCUACCCUCGGCUCUACCGGGGCUUUGUGGCCUCCGUCGUCGCGGUGGCUCGUGCAGAUGGGCUGUGCGGCCUGCAGAAGGGGCUGGCUGCCGGCCUCCUCUACCAGGGCCUCAUGAACGGUGUCCGCUUCUACUGCUACAGCCUGGCAUGCCAGGCUGGCCUCAGCCAGCAGCCGGGAGGCACCGUGGUUGCAGGAGCUGUGGCGGGGGCACUGGGAGCCUUCGUGGGGAGCCCUGCUUACUUGGUCAAAACGCAGCUGCAGGCCCAGACGGUGGCCGCAAUGGCCGUGGGGCACCAACACCAUCACCAGAGCCUCUUGGGCGCCUUGGAGACCAUCUGGCGGCAGCAGGGCCUGGCAGGGCUGUGGCGGGGCGUGGGUGGGGCCGUGCCCCGGGUCAUGGUUGGCUCUGCCGCUCAGCUGGCCACCUUUGCCUCUGCCAAGGCCUGGGUGCAGGAGCGACAGUGGCUCCCGGAGGACAGCUGGCUGGUGGCCCUGGCCGGGGGCAUGAUCAGCAGCGUAGCUGUGGUUGCUGUCAUGACCCCCUUCGACGUGGUCAGCACGCGGCUGUAUAAUCAGCCAGUGGACGGGGCAGGCAGGGGCAAGCUAUAUGGCGGCCUCGCCGAUUGCCUGGUGAAGAUCUGGCGGCAGGAGGGCCCCCUGGCGCUCUACAAGGGUCUGGGCCCCGUCUACCUGCGCCUGGGCCCCCACACCAUCCUAAGCAUGCUCUUCUGGGAUGAACUCCGGAAACUGGCCAGGCGGGGCCAGCACCAGGGCAGCUAGGCGGUGUCCUUCACCCCAACACAGCCGGCCACUUGGCAGGACAUGAUGGCCCGCUGCAGCUGGGAAUGGCUGUUCCAUAGCCAGCCCAGGCCCAGGCCCUGCCACAAGGUCCAGGGAGAGUGUGGUCAGACAGCUGUGGUCAACCCAGCCCCUGGGCCCACAUAGGGCCAGCGGACCCACCUGGAAUCACCACCCACUCCGUUCUCCAGAAGUGUUCAUCCUUCUCUGUCCCAGGUUACCUUAUCCCAGAGCCUUACUCGUCACAAUAACUACUCCAAGGUGUGAACAGCGCUGUGAGCUGGGUCACAUACAAUAUCAACCUGCUUACACAGUGAAAGUGAAAGUGAAGUCGCUCAGUAGUGUCCGACUCUUUGCGACUCUAUAGACUAGCUUACCAGGCUCCUCUGUCCAUGGGAUUUUCCAGGCAAUAGUACUGGAGCAAAUUGCCAUUUCCUUCUCCAGGGGAAUUUCCCAGCCCAGGGCUAGACCUGGGUCUCCUGCAUUGUAGAUAGACACUUUACCGUCUAAGCCACCAGGGAAGUCCUGGGAGGUAUUAAAACUCUGUUGCUGAUGAGGAAGUGGAGGCUCAGAAAGGUGAAGUGCUUUGACCAAAGCCACAUAGCUUUGAAGGGUCAGAGCUGGAACUGGGACUCACCUCUGCCCACCCCCGACCUGUGUGCCCUUGGUGAGAGCCAGGACCAUGGAGGCCGGAGUGGCCCUGAGGGAUCACUGCACACGUGGGGAGGUCCUGGGGAGCACCGUGAGGCACUGGGGCCAUCAUCUGUGUUAGUCUGCCAAGGCCACCAUUACAGAGCUCCUCAGACUAGGCAGCUUAAACAACAGAAUGUUCUUUUCUCACAGUUCUGGAGACUACCUGUCCAGGUUUGGUUUCCUCUGAGGCCUCCCUUCUUGGCAUGUAGACACCUGUCUUCUCCCAGGGUCCCCACCUGGUCUUCCCUCUUUGUGUCUGGGUCCUAAUCCCCUCUUAAAAGAACACCAGUUAUAUUGGAUUAGGCCUCAGGCUAAUGACCUCAUGUUCCUUAAUUACUUCCUUAAAGACCCCAUCUCCAAAUACAGUCACCUUCUGAGGUUAGAACUUCCCUACAUGAAUCCGGGGUCAGGGAGGGGACACAACACAGCCCCUCAACUACGAGCUUUUACUGAGGGUCUCCUAGACGCCCAGCACUGUGGGCAUUUGCACAGAUUCUCAUGACAGUUCUGAAAGGUAGCUCUUGAUGCGCCCAUUAUUCAGAUGAGCAGACUGAGGUCCCAGGAAAGGAAGCAACUUCCCCAAGGUAGUAGAGCUAGGUAUCCUCAUCCCAGACCCUUUUCUUUGUCCAAGCUGCAGCCACACUCCCCCCAUGGGUGUGUCCCUAAGGCACUGACCUUUGUGCUACAGAAGUGGGCGCUGAGUGCCUGAAGAGGCAGGACUGGCUGAAGUCAAGUGGCCUGAACUGCCUUGCCCGCCACACCCCAUGUCUGCAAAGAGCUGCUCCCCAGGCUCAGCCCUACUGCACACUCCAAACCAAUAAAGUUUUCUAUUUUGUCUACUUCAA